UUUCAAGCAAACAGUAACAAUUUGUUAGUCAAAGUCAGCAGCCGGCUGGAAAAUUUAAAACAAAAACACAACUAGUCAAGCAACAAACAAGCACAUCCAACAUGUCUGCUGCUAAUAAAGUCAACUAUUUGGUGGGUGCCACCUCACGCUUCAUCGAAGGACGCAAUGCCGUGCAAACGGUUUACUGGCGCACCUCCGCCGGACCCAAUCCGCGCAUGCUGAAGACCAACAAGACGUGCGAAUUCGAUCGCAAGCAGCAAGCGCCACAGAGCGUGCGAUUGCAGAAAUAUAAUCGCAGCUUUAUUAAACAAUAGAGGCGCCAGCCUCUAAGCGAAUGCGCUUCAAGCUACAGUUCCUAUUGUUAAUUUUAAAUGUGUAUUUAUUAUAUAGUUGAUAGCAUAAGCAGCAAAGUUUUGUUCUGUUUGCCGGCCAUAAGCCCUGACAUCAAAACGUUAAACGCAAUAAAUUAAGCAAAGAAAAGCAAACCUA